GUUCCCCUCCAGAAGGCGCGGGUGACUGGAGACAGACGGCGAGGGGAGAGGGGGAGAAGAAGGCGCGAGAAUGCCCUGCGGCGCGGAGUGCACGCGCGCACGUGAGGAGUGAUUUACCGCGAGGUGCUGAGAAGUUUGUCCCUCGCGGGCCCUCAUCGGACGGCAGAUAUGGGACGAAACGCCCCCCCAAGGUGGAUGUUGCCAUGCUGGGUGGCAUGCACCCUGCUUGCCUUCUACGCACAGAACGCAGUCUCCAAGUCUCCUCAGUGUGGCGGACAGCAGUACUUAAAAGGCUCAAGAUGCUGCAAUAAAUGCAAACCAGGUCUGCGCGUGUUUGCCGAGUGCACCGAAUCCCAUCAGACCAAGUGUGUCAAAUGUGCUCACGGGGAGUACCAGCCCUACUGGACCCAAGAGACGCGCUGCCUCCAGCAGAGAAUAUGUGAUGCAGGUAAAGGUUUCAUGUCACGGCCGGAAAAUCUGGAGGCGGAGGAGCCUUGUCGCUGUCUUCCCAACUUCCAGUGUUCUCCCAUCAACUGUGAGUUCUGUGAAAAGAUUCCCACCUGCCGCCCCGGGUACGGACUCGAGGUGGCACCAGAGUCCAUAAAUGGAAGGAAGAUUUGUGUUCCGUGCAAGAAAGGAUUCUUUUCUGCAGACAACAACACCAAGCAAUGCAAACGGUGGACGAAUUGUAAGGCAGAGGGCAGGAGUGAGACAGCACCGGGCAGCGCUCACGCAAACGCUGCAUGUGGACCACCUGUCUCCAGUGCUGCCCCCUCCUGGGUGAUCGUGUCAGUGUUGUCAGCCAUCACUGUCCUCUGUCUCCUCAUCCUGCUCCUCUUCUGCUACAAAGACAAACUCAAGUUACUCUCUGUUAAUCUGCGAUCUUGCGUUCAGAAUCUGAAAAGGACAAGGAUACAGCAGGAGACUCUGGCCCCUCUUUACCACAGUGGAGCUGCAGGAGGUCUCAAAUACAGCCCGUGUGAGACCACCAAACUCUUCUGCCAAGCCCCCCACGUGAGCGAUGGCGACGAGGCCCCAUGCACCUUACUCCCCUGCACUCCCGCUGCUGCAGUCUCCCUCCCUCAGACCCAGGAAAUGACCACGACUGAAGGCCCACAGAGGGAGGCAGUGACGGAGGAGCAGAGCCAAAGUUCCAGUGGUCCUGAGGAGGUGUCGGAAGAAGAGGAACUCACCAGUGUCUCUCCGCUGUUGCCUGGUUCCUGCAUAUGCGGCGUUCAGGUCCAGGAGCCUCUGGAGGUCGGGGAGAAUGAGGACUGUAGCCAAGCUGUCAGCCCUGGGACUCCCUGGACUUGCUCUUGUGGUGGUCUACAUGCAGAAGGGAGGUCAAAGGAGGACCACGUAGCCGAGAGUGAGGCAAGCAUUGCCUCGCUUGUCUCCUUUUCACCCCAUCUCCUCCGCUCUUCCUCGGUCACUCCUCCGUCCAGCUCUGUUCCUGAGCUCUGCGUGCCUUUGAGCGAGGCUAGGGCAAGACCCGAGUUCAAAGGUCACCUGAAAGACAUAACAGCAGUGAAGCAGAAGGGAUAUUACAGACUGGAAAGCACAGACUCCUCCUCCACAGACAACAGCGGGCCCUCUGUGAUGACCUCGGUUAGCCCUUUAAAGACCUCCUCAUCUAUUGGAGAUCUCUACUCAGAAAGGCCUCAGGAGGCCCCCAGCCAGGAGCAAGGCCACAAAGCCUCCUGGGAGGACAGCAGCAGAGGAAAAACGCUUCUGUCUGGGGACACAGAGCUCGAGUGCCCCCCUGGAAGCCUUCACAGUCAGCUUGCAGAACCAACUCUUACCUCAGGUCAAGUUUCGGGGAGUCACAACACCACCUUCAUCUCCAGCGGUCAGGUGGUGAACUUCAGCGGUGACGUCAUCGUUGUUUACGUCGGUCCGACGUCUCUCGGAAGCGACGCGGCGCCGUUGGAUGGCGACUUUGCGAGUCCUGUACAAGAACAGGCCAAUGAGACUGCUUUGUUUUUCCAGAGUAGUCUGAGGUCAGCGGGGGACUUUACCCAAAAGCCAUUGCAGGAUGACACCGCGCAGGCACCAAAGAUGACCGCAUAAUGUCUCGAUGUUAGCCGAAUUGUAGUAGGCUAACUCAAGUUCAGGCUGGCAGACUUACUGCAAGUACAUUUCAAUUGCACCAUUAAAAGGGAUCGUUUGACACUUUGCAAAAGCUUCUCUAAAAGAUCCGAAUGUUGGCGAUGUGGAAGGAAUAGUUAGAAGCCUUAUGAAAUCAUACCAUGAAAACAAAUCUUUUUAUGGUGGGAAAUUUAAUCUCCUGGCUACAUUAGACGGGAGAUGUCAAAACCUCUUUAAGGAAAAUAUUAACUGGCCUUUCUCAGAGUAACUUUCUUCCAAUGGAAAGCUUUUUUUUAUUUUUUUUUUUUUAUAUAAAUGUAAUAAAGAGACACAUCCAGUUUUGGUACGAAUCUUGUUUUUUUUCUCUGUAUGAAGAUUUGUUUUCAUACUGCACCAAUUGUGCAGUUUCUCUUGGAAAAAUGCUAUGCAUUUGAUAAACUAUUUUUAUUUCAGUAUGUUUUAACAUGCAGGCUUUAAUGAAGAAAAUGAAAAUGUCUUAAUAAUAAUUUGCUUGAAACAAAUGUGCAUUGUUUAUAUAUUCAUCUUUUAUUGUUUUUUAAUGUGGUUGACCAAAAGUUUACUGUAUAUGUGAAGAAUGAACAUUCCAACCAUUUAUUUUAUAAAGAGGGACAAUCAUAAUAAUUGCAGUGGGUGACAAAAUGACUAUUUUGACUGAAAUUAAAAUGUUUUGCAUCUCA